UAUCCCUUUGUCUUGGAAAGGUGCAGUGACAGAAGGACCUUAGUCACAAGAUAACAAGGUUCCCACGGAAAUAAAGGUGUGAGUGGAGGACAGUGGUGAAGUGUGUCGCAAGGAUGCCAGAAUCAAAGCAACUUCAUUGCACCACAGAGCGCACAACAAUGUUGGCUCUUGCUCUCCUUUUUGCUCUACAGGGUGCUGCACACGCUGCUCCAUCAGGAGACAACAAGCUGGUUCGAACCACCAGAGUGAGGAGGCAGAUCCCAGAGGGGGAUCAGUUUCCCUCUGCUUCCUCAGUCAAUCAGACACUACGAGAGCAGCCUCUUGUCUUUAACCACGUGUACAACAUUAACGUGCCGAUGGAGUCUCUGUGCUCCGUCGACCUGGAUGCAUCUGUGGCCCCAGAUUCUCACGCUGAGUUGGGAUCCAGACCUCCAGCUGAGGGACCAGGGGAGCCAGCCGGGCCAACAGAAUACGCGGAGCAGACGCUUGAUGCAGAGAGUCAGGUGACGUUUACGCACCGCAUCAACAUACCAAAAGCAGCGUGCAGUUGUCCAGCGAUAACCACAAUCCAGCAACUCGCCACCAGAGUGGAGAUGCUGGAGAGAGAGGUGUCCAUGCUCAGAGCUCAGUGUGGAUCUGGAUGCUGUGGGGAAGGCUCUGCCAUGGGUCGUCUGGACUUUGUCCCGGGUUGCAGCGGCCACGGGAGCUUCAGCUUUGAUCUGUGUGGCUGCAUCUGCGAGGAAGGCUGGGGCGGCAAAAACUGCUCCGAGCCUCGUUGCCCAAAUGACUGCUCCGGUCAGGGGGUGUGCAUCGAAGGGGAGUGCGUGUGUGAUCGGGACUUUGGAGGCGACAACUGUUCAGAGCCACGAUGCCCCUCCGACUGCUCAGGCAGAGGCCUGUGCAUCGAUGGGGAAUGCAUGUGCGAGGAGUCCUUCACAGGCGAAGACUGCAUGGUCGGACGGUGUCUCAACGACUGCUCGGAUCAGGGGUUGUGUGUCAACGGGACGUGCCAGUGCCGCCCCGGCUAUGUGGGAGAAGACUGUUCGUUGGUCUACUGCGCCAACAACUGUAGCAAGAAGGGAGCCUGCAAGGAGGGUUUCUGUGUCUGCCAGGAUGGCUUUGCUGGAGAUGAUUGUAACUCAGUGGCACCUGCCAUGAAUUUAAAUGCACGUGGAGUUACAGAUCGUACUAUCGAGCUGGAGUGGGAAGGGUCCAUUAUGGUGACAGAUUUCUUGGUGACCUAUACCCCAAGCAGCCCUGGAGGUGUGCAGCUAGAAGUGAGGCUCCCAGGAAACACAUCAUCUUGGAUUAUCACAGGUCUUGAAGCGGGCAUAGAGUACAACAUCAAUGUGUUUGCUGUCAUCAACAACUCAAUCAGCGUUCCCUCCAGUAUCACUGUUUGGACGUAUCUCUCCAAUCCAGAUGGAUUAGUCUUCAAAUCUAUCACAGAGACAUCAGUGGAAGUCCAAUGGCAACCGUUUUACUAUUCCUUUGAUGGGUGGGAGAUCAGCUUCAUCCCCAAGGACAAUGAUGGCGGCAUGACGGCCCAGCUGCCCAGCACCAUCACCUCAUUUAUUCAGAGCGGUCUGAGGCCCGGGGAGGAAUAUACAGUCAACCUGGUGGCGCUCAGAGAGCAGGGUCGGAGCCAGCCCGUCACUGCUACCUUCACAACCUUGAUUGAUGGUCCGACUCAGCUGAUUGUGCGUGACGUGUCGGACACCGUAGCCUUUGUGGAGUGGACACCACCAAAAGCAAAGAUCGAUCAGAUUGUGUUGCGUUACGGCCUUGUGAGAGGAGAGGGCCCGCGGACCACCUUUAGACUCCAGCCCACACUUACCCAGUACUCGUUACAGGUUCUGCGUCCUGGUUCACGGUAUGAGGUGUCUGUAAGCGGAGUUAGGAAAGGAAAUGAAAGCGGCUCUAUCUCUACUGAAUUUACAACCGCUUUAUCAUUCUUCUCAGAGAUCGAUGCCCCCAAGAACUUACGGCUCGUGUCCAAGACCUCGACUACCCUCGAGCUUGAAUGGGAUAACAGUGAGGCUGAGGUGGAGGGGUAUCAGGUGGUGUACAGCACUUUAGCAGGAGAUCAGUAUGAUAAAGUGAUUGUGCCACGCAACGAGGGUGCCACCACUAAGACCAAUCUCACAGACCUUCUGCCGGGGACGGAGUACGGCAUUGGCAUCUCUGCCAUGAAGGGUAUCAACCAGAGUACACCAGCAACGAUGAAUGCCAGGACAGGCCUGGAUGUACCCAUGGAUUUAACUGUGACAGCUUCUACUGACAACUCCAUCACUCUGGUGUGGGGUGUAGUCCAGGGUCCAAUUGACCACUACAGGGUCACCUACACAUCUUCCUCUGGUAUCACAACUGAGCUGACAGUUCCUAAAGACAUAACCACCACGACUCUGACAGACCUUGACCCUGGAACUGAAUAUACAGUCACGGUAGCAGCGAGAAGAGGGAGGCAGCAGAGCACUGCAGCAACCAUCGAUGCCUUUACAGGGAUCAGGCCUGUAACCCACCUUUACCUGUCGGAAGGGACGUCAGAUUCAGUGUUGGUGGCAUGGAGUGCCCCAGCGCCACCCGCUGACCUCUUCAUUCUGAGCUACAGCUCUGCUGACGGGACAGACACUUCUAAGGUGACACUAGAUGGCUCCAAGACGAGGUCACUGGUCCAGGGCCUGCUGCCGUCCACUCACUACACGUUCAGUUUAAUCACAAUACAAGGGGAUGUUACCUCUGAGCCCCUUACGGCAUCCCUCAGGACAGAAAUGGACCCUCCAAAGGAACUGGCGGUCUCAGAUGUGACGGAGGAUUUGGUGACCAUCUCUUGGAUCAAGCCACUGGCUCCCUUUGAAUAUUAUAAGCUCUCCUACCAGUCAGCCAGAGGUCGAGUGGACAGCGAGAUGAUCGACAGCGAUGUGACAAACUACACCUUGUCUAGUCUGUUUCCUGCCACAGAGUACGAGAUCAGCCUCAAUGCUGUCAGAGGGAGUCAAGAGAGCAGACCUGUCACCACGUCUGUCUUCACAGCCAUGGACAUGCCUGCAGAAUUGACAGCCCUCAACAUCACUCCACAAGGUGCCCUGCUGAGGUGGAACCCUCCCCUGUCCAAUGUGGACAACUACGUGCUGACCAUCACACAUAACCAGCUGACAGCAGACACUUUCCUGGUUGAAGGAAACAAGCAUGAGCACCAGCUGUCCAACCUCAAGCCAAGCACCACCUACUCAGUGGCGCUGUAUGCCACCAAAGGACCCCUGACAAGUGGCACUGUGAUCACCAACCUUCAGACACCCAUGGAUGCACCUGUGAACCUGACGGCCAGUGAAGUGAACCACCGCAGCGGUCUCAUUUCCUGGCAGCCGCCAAUUGCAGAAAUAGACAACUACAUGCUCACUUACAAAACUCCUGAUGGCAGCCGGAAAGAGCUGAUUCUUGAUGCAGAGGACACAUGGAUUCGACUGGAGGGAUUGGUGGAGAGCGCAGAGUACACGGUUAAGCUCCAGGCUGCUAGAGGGCUUGAUACCAGUGCUGUGGUUUCCACCACCUUUACUACAGGGAGCCGUUUGUUUUCAACACCUCAGAACUGUGCCCAACACCUGCUGAACGGGGAGACUGUGAGUGGCGUCUACACCAUUUACAUCAACAGAGAUCCGAGCCAAGGGGUGCAGGUGUACUGUGACAUGACCACAGAUGAAGGAGGCUGGAUUGUGUUUCAGCGUCGUCAAAAUGGUCUGACUGACUUUUCCAGGAAGUGGAGUGAUUAUCGAGUUGGAUUUGGAAACCUUGAGGAUGAGUUUUGGCUUGGUCUUGAUAACAUCCAGAAGAUUGCUUCUCAGGGACGCUAUGAGCUGAGAAUUGACAUGAGGGACGGACAGGAAUCAGUUUAUGCCAAUUAUGACAAAUUUUCCAUUGGAGAUGCAAGAAACCUCUACAAGCUCAGGAUAGGAGAAUAUAAUGGCACUGCUGGUGACUCUUUCAGCUACCACCAGGGCCGCCCAUUCUCCACUAAAGACAGAGACAAUGACAUUGCUGUCACUAACUGUGCCUUGUCCUACAAAGGAGCCUGGUGGUACAAGAACUGCCACCGGGCCAACCUCAACGGAAAAUAUGGCGAGUCCAGACACAGUCAGGGUAUCAACUGGUACCACUGGAAAGGCCACGAGUUUUCCAUUCCCUUUGUGGAGAUGAAGAUGAGGCCCUUCAACUUUCGCAGUAUCAGCAGUAAGAGGAGACGAUCCACCUCUGUAUAAACACACCGCCUCCGCCCUGCCCAGAGUCGUGGAUAAAUGGAGUUUAGACGAUACCGGGUGUUGAAUCUCUGCUAUCUGUGCGCCUCUCUGACCGCAAAGGCAGGCUGGAAUUAAACUGUGCCACAUCUCGUUAGUGAGGCCGCAGAGAUUGAAUGAGUGAGCAAUUAAACAAAGCUACUAAUAUUUCAUUUAGCAAAUUUCAUAAAUUAAUACUUUACCAACUUGUUAUUUUAACCUGGAUACGGUCAGAAAAUAGCAGAGAGGUUUUGACACCACAUCCAAACUCUGUUGAUCUUUCCGCCUGCCCAGCAUAUGCUGUCUUUUCCUGCUGUACUUCUGCUUAGAAGACAAUGUAUGUAAUUUAUUAAGUACUCAGAAUGACAAUGGUCGUAACUGCUGUAAAAAUAAAAAGAGGGAAGGCAAACGAAGAUGUUUUGGUUUAACCUUAAUAUUUGAGUUGUCCUUCUUUGAGAUGCUGAAUUGUGCUCAGAAAUGCUGUUAAGAGUAGGAUACUGCGCUUUUUUUAGCCAUUACAAAAUGACACUGAAAUCAAUAAUAUAUGCCCUUAAAACUCUGUAAUAUAUAUAUAUAAAUAUAUUUUUAUAGCUAAUAAUGUGACUGAGUCCAUCUAUAAUUUGAUGCCUUGGUUUAUGAACCUUGAUUAAGUUAACUCAAAAAUAGUAACAUACUGGACUGAGUCAGAAAAAAAAAAAUAACAUUACACAGCAAAAUUGAAUAUACAAAAUAAUCAUUAAUCAAAUAAUUCACCAGCAACAUCUUCAUUGCCUUGUAAUUUAUUUUAUUCAUGUGUAAUGUAAACUACUUCACACAUUGUUAUAUAUUUGGUAGCCUCACCGAGACGAUGUCUGCACUGAGAGCGGAAACACAGCUAAGCCAUUGCAGUUCAUUAUGUUAGGUGAACACAUUUAGUUGUUCAUGGGCAUUUUGUACUCGAUUUCAUUUCCAAGCAAAUUGCAGUCAGAAAAUGUAACUUUGUUGCUGACGUAGGGAUUUCUUGCGGAAAUGACGCAACAGUUAACCAAAGGCCUUCGUAAUAAAGAUUUAACGAUGGAAAAUGAGCUCAGCUGUUUCUGUCACCCAGGCUGUCUUGAUACUGCACCACAUUUCAAGCCCCCUUUUGUAGUCAUUGUGAUUCCCCCCAAAUGCGAAGCGAAACUUUCUAAAUGCUAUUCAGAACAAAGUCGCUGUGGGCAUAGUGCAGUUUUAAAUCUGGCUCCCCUCCUGCUGCUUGCUGAAAUGAACUAAACAAAGAAAGCAGAACAGAAGGUGGAGCGAAGCCAAGUUUUCCUUGUACUCGCUUCACUGUUUAAGCUGCUUCGCGAAACAAAGAAAUCCACUAACACUGCUGGGAAUGUGUUCCUUUUAGUGGGGUUGGCGUAAUCCACGGCUUGCCAACCAACCAUGUGUUCACGGUGGCACACGAGGCGUUCGGGGCCAGUUAGCUGACAGCAGUCUUUCUGCCUGAGUUUAAGACAGACAAAACAAACAUGACUGGAAGAAAGAAACCAAUGUCACUAUAAGCAACAUUUUGUCUCAUUUAUUAGGUAAUCAAACACUUUGUUUCCUAUUAUUUUCUGUAUCUCCUUUACAGAGGACGUAAAUUCUCUGAAGUAAACCAACCAAUCAGACUCUAUUUUUUUUUCUAGAGAUUGAAAAUAGUUGCCCUCCCCUGUUCUACUACUUCUACUAUUACUACUACUACUACUACUAAUAUACUCAUGUAGAUAUGAAGUUGAACUGUCUUUUACUUUCACUGACCCCAUUCGAUGGAAGCCAACAAAGAAACCCCUCUGGGGAAUUCCUGCUAAAAACGGUGCAUUACUAACCACUGUUGUGUGAAGGGAUGAGAGGAGCCCACUUGCAUGUUGACUGAAAUGCUACCAAGAACUUGAGAGUGAACAACAAAUGUCUUUAGUAUAUAUUUGUGCACAUAUUUAUCUUUUGUUCUGUCUUAAACCUGCCCCUGAAAUGUUUUAAAAAUAGAUUUAAAUUGCCUUCCCCCCCCCCCACUUUAAGCCUUUUAACCAACAUGAAACCUUUCCCAGGUUGAUGAUUGGUUUUUUUAUUGUCAAAGGAUUUCAGACUCUCUCAUGCAAUAAACUUCUCUUAGUUAUUUAUAGUGAAGUAGAUUAAUAUGUGUAUGUGUACUUAUUUAAUUACUUGCUUUGAUAAAUUUCUCUUCUUUGGGAUUUGUAAAAUGGAUAAUGGUCUGGAAACUCUUCUGAAAGGAAACGGACUGUAUUUUGUGUUCUGGCAAUUUCUCUCUUUGCAAACGCCAAGGUGCUUGUAAAUCAAACAAAAACAGAACUGUCAUUUUUAUUUACGGCGGGGAAAAUAACUACUGAACACCUAAUUUUUCUGAUGCAUAUAUUUAUAUUCAGGCUGUUGACAUGAAAUUCAUACCAGAUUCUUGUAACUAUCCAAGUAUUCCACACAUACAAAUAAAACAAAACAAAGAAAAAUAAUAAGUCUGUUUUGUUUGUCUGGGGGAAAAAAAUUGUCUGUUGGUAGUGAAAAAAAUCUCAAGAUUGUAGGCAUUGCUCAGGUAUGAUUUUGAUAAGUAUUUCUAUCCAAAAGUUUUAAAAUAUUGAAGGUUGUUUGCUUUUCUAUGCUUUCCGAUCUUCAGUUAUUCCCUAGAUUUUCAAUUGGAUUAAAUUCAGUUCUUGCCGUUUUAUUUUCCGUUUCUGAAACCAGUUAAAAGUUCAAGUUUGUUGUCUGACU